CUUAAUUGACUACUUGUGUCGCACUGUCGCCCCAGUCACUCAGCAACUCGAAACAUUCGCCUCUGACAAGGUGAUCGACGUCUCAUUGCCCCAAACCUUUACAACAACGUCAUGAACUCAAAAAAGUACAAGAAUACUGCUCUGCGGCGAUCUGCCCGCGUAGCUGCCAACGACCUCUUGUGUGGGCCGCGUGGGGGACUGCUGGUGGCGGACGACGAGGACGUGCCCGCACGCAAAUCAAAGCGGUUUCGCGUCGAGACAAGCGCUGUGGGCGCAGACAGUCCCGCGGGAGAGGCGGAGGUGCAAAACUUUGCUGCCUACACCUGCAAGGGCAAGGAGCCAGAGCUGGUGCAGGAUGGGGCAGUCGAGGAGGCCAGCAAGCCCAAGCGGGCACGGGUGCCUGUCACCGCGAAGAAUGUUACCAGCUCCAACCAAUCCAAGCCAGGGCCAACGCGUGACGCCGAGGCUGCGCUGCAGGCCGCGGGGCACGUGUCAGUUGGCGGUGCAGACGAGGCUGGGCGCGGCCCUCUGGCCGGCCCGGUGGUGGCGGCUGUGUGCGUGCUGCCGCACCAGUCAGACACCAGCUGGCAGAUGCCGGCUGGCCUGAACGACAGCAAGGCCAUCACGGAAGACGAGCGUGAGGCCAUCUUCGAGGCGCUCACAACGGACUCUCGUGUGCGGUGGGCUGUCUCCAUCAUUGACCAUGAGACCAUUGACCGGAUCAACAUCUUGCAGGCGGCGCUGAGCGCCAUGCGCAACUCGGCGCUGGACGUGCAUGGGCAGGCGCCGGGGCUGGACUACCUGCUGGUGGACGGAAACAAGCUGCCCAAGGACCUACCCUGCCCCGCACGCGCUGUAGUCAAGGGUGAUGCCACGGUAGCAUGCAUUGCCGCGGCCAGCAUCAUCGCCAAGGUGACUCGUGACCGCCUGAUGCUGGAGCUGGACAAGCAGUACCCGCAGUACGGAUUCGCGCAGCACAAGUCGCACGCCGCUUCCCUUGGCCCCAGCCCCGCGGCCGUCUAAUUUCUACGGCGCCUAAUAACCAGCACGGGUCUGCCCGGCCAUUCCUAGUUGCCGGGCAGAGACCACCCCCCGGGACGAAAAACACAAGAGUGACUCAAAACCGCGCUAGGUAGCAAAGCCUCCAUAAGCUUAUAAUCAAGUAGGGUGGGCGGGUGGGAAAAGACAAACUAGC